CCAGAAGAAUAUGUUAGUGUUCUGUUGCCGAUUUGCUCGCUAAAACGGAUGUUUCAGUAGACUCCCUUGGGCAUCUUUUGUGAUCGAAGGAAAACCCAGGUUACUUACCAUCAGAACCACAACUAACCGAGGCCGCGAAAUCGAUGAGCUGGCGGUGACAGCUGUGCGUGUAGGCACUUCUCAAAACGGCGACUACGCAAGGCGCUGGAACGCAGUUUUUCGUAGACUGUCGCUGUACACGACUUCUUCCAUCACAUCUUUUCUCCCUGAGUGACUUUGGUGCGUUCAACACGACAACGCCCCUCGUUUCGUCGACUGCAAAGUCUCCUGUUUCGAAAAGGGAUUUGUGCGCGUGCGUCGGUCCGGUUGAGUUGAGUUCACUCGGCCUAGCAUCACGCUGAGCACAAGAACGAAGUGGAGAAACAAGCCGGCAAACUUACCUCUUCCGUUGCCUUUCCCGUAAAACGAAACAAAAUGUCGUACAAUCCGUCCUACGGAGGCCAGUUCCAAGGCCUAAACGCAGCGAGAGGAGGUGCCAAGAAGGAGACCUCCGGAACCACCGCGUCGAAAGGCAACUCCACCGAUUCUGACACGCCCCCAAGCAAAGUGAUUGUGAAAUUCAACAGCUUGACGUUUGUUUCCAUGCCCGAGCUCACGGCCCCCGACCGCAGAGACUUUUUUGUCGCUGCUGUGUUCGAGAACGAUGACUUAAACGAGGUCAUGAAACACAAACGCGCGCGAACGCGCGUUUUCCCCGGCCGAUUUGUUGGGAACGUGUGGAAUGUCGAUUUCAAGAACACCCAGUUGGUGCUCCCCGUGGCGGAUCCGAGUAAACGUCUGCGCUUUUACGUUUGCUCUAUCAGCACUACCUAUGUGGAGUCUGAGGGAAAGAGAUCGAGAGAUAUUGCUCUCGUCGGGAUCGGCUACUCAGACUCGUUCUUCAUGGACAAGUGCAAAACGUACCAGUCGACAGUCCUGGAGCUGAAACCUGUUCAAGGCGGUGACGAAAGCAUCAAACCAGGAAAACUCGAGCUUUCUGUCGAGUGCUGCCAAAAAAACCACGGCCCCGAUGUACCACCCGACGUCCAAGACAGCGUUCUGGAGGCCUUCCAAGCGUCAGUAACAAGAGGAACAGCAAUUCUCGACGGGUUCACCUUGCCGUGAAACUUUGGGGCACUGACUGUGAUUCCGCGCUCACGCACAUCUAUCCGAGAAACUGCUCUGUGCCACAACUUCCACUGUAGAUGAGCAGACGGCAAGCCUGUAGAAAGGCGAAUAUCUGCGAGAGGGAAAAAGAGUCAAGUUGGAGGCAGGGGUUCUUGGAUUUGCCUUCGGUGUCGUGGGAGAGAAAAGGGGGAACUGCUUCCCAAGUGUAGACUUAAUAACGUCGAGCAUUCACGAGCAUUUUCUUGAACCGUUGUCUUGUAGAAU